GAGUAGGAAUGCUGCAGGAUUCAGGGGGUUAGCUUUCCAGCCCCCUUUUGGGGGUGUUCCCGAGUAAAACCGAUAGUAAAAUCUUUUAUAAAGUGUAUUCUUUCCUAUCUUCACCCCCUGCAGAGGUUUCUGGAUCCGCUAUUGGUUAGAACGUUAGAACGGUGCACACGUUGACAAAAAAAAACAAGUAGGAAACGAAUCUGCAGUUCCGAGAACACACGCCCUCGUCAUUGGAUAGAACCGGUGAUAGAUAAAAGGACGCGAGGGUCACAGUACUGACGUCAUUCGGUAAACCUGUUCUCACCUCUCUACAAUGUCUGCCGCUCGUGUGUUCUUCUUCUCGUGCUUAACUUUAACUGUUUUCUUCAAUUUUGGUACAUCGGAGUGCCCGAAUAAGAGGGUAGAAGAUCCUAACGACGCUUACGCGUACUACGAGCGUGACGUUCGUAAGGAGUGCCCCCCAAAUACCGCAUUUGACAGCUCUACCCGGGAAUGUACGGAAUCGAAAUGGAAGAGUCUAACGGAUGAACCUAAACAUCGUUCAAAAAGAUCAUCGGGUGACGAGAUGAAAAUAGUUUGUUACUUUAUCAGUUGGGGAAUAAAUAGAGAAAGUAUUGCGAAAUUUACAGCGGAAGACAUCGAUCCUUUCCUCUGCACCCAUAUUAUCUAUGCAUUUGCCAGUUUAGAUAAAGACGACCUCAUUAUGAUACCCGGAGAUAAGAGAGUGGAUGUAGACGAAGGUACUUUCAAGAGUGUUGUAGAAGUAAAGAAGAAGAAUCCCAAGCUGAAAGUCUUAUUGGCCAUUGGUGGAUGGGUAGAAAGUGGAGGCGAUAAAUACUCCAGAAUGGUGAGAGAUUCGGACAGAAGGAAGAAAUUUGUUAAAGAAGCUGUGGAACUUUUAAAAAAGUACAAAUUCGACGGGCUGGACCUGGAUUGGGAAUAUCCAGCUUGCUGGCAGGGAGAUUGCAAAAACAGUGAUAAAAACGACAAAGAAAACUUUGCUAAAUUGUUAAAGGAGCUAAGAAAAGCAUUCGAUAAGGAAUCUCCAUCCUUGCUUCUUACGGCUGCAGUCAGCGCUGGGAUGUAUGUUUCCGAUCACGCUUACGACGGUGAAAGUAUGGCAAAGUACUUAGAUUUUAUAAACGUCAUGACUUACGAUUACCACAAUUUCAAUGAUGGCAAAACCGGGCAUCACGCGCCUUUCAAAGCCCACCCCGAAGAUCCCGAUAAGAAGAGCAAUGUUAUGUCUUCGAUGAAAUAUUGGAGCGAAGAGAAGAAAAUUCCUAAAAAGAAAUUGAUUAUGGGAGUGCCCGCUUACGGUAGGACUUUCAGAUUAGUUAACCCUUCUAAUCACGGUCUUUUCGACCCCACAAAUGGCUCGGGCAUUCCCGGUCAAUACACGAAAGAAGGAGGAAGUUUGAGUUACACGGAGAUUCUUAAACAUAUAAAAGAGGACGGUUGGAAGAUGGAAAGAGACUCGUACGUGGGACCUUACGCCUAUAAGGGCGAUCAAUGGGUGGGAUUCGACGAUCCCGUAGCCGCUAAGGAUAAAGCGCGAUACGCCAAAGACGUGGGAUACGGGGGUGUUAUGGUCUGGGAGUUAUCCAGUGACAAUUUCAGAGGACUUUGGGGCGACAGGAAAUAUCCACUGAUAAAUUCCCUGAAGGAAGGGGUAGGAAACGGAGCGAAAAUCAAUUUGAAUAACUUAAUCUUGGUAACUGUUCUACUGGUGUGCAAUUUGAUACUAUGGAAGAGCUUCGCAUUUGAAGGCAAAAAAGAGAUCGUUUGUUCUCUUAGCGACUGGGCGCAGUACAGACCAGGAAGAGGUAAAUUCACUCUGGACGAUGUGGAUCCCAAUCUCUGUACCAUCAUCAACUACUCUUUCGGAUUCUUGGAUAAGAAGAAACUGGUAGUGGAUGUGAAGAACAAAGAAUUUCUCCAAAAUUUCUCUCGGAAAUUUGCUUCGUUAAAGAAAAAGCACCCGAAUUUGAAAACUGUGUUGGCUGUGGGAGGAUGGAGCGAUAGCGAAGACGGACGGAAAUAUUCUAGAUUAGUGAAGAGCAUACGAAAUAGGAGGAAUUUCAUAGACGGUGCCGUUGAAUUUUUGAAUAAAUAUGAUUUUAAUGGAUUAGAUUUAAAUUGGGAGUAUCCUGUUUGUUGGCACGCUCGUUGUGACGAUUCCAGAGAACGAGAGAAAUAUCAAUAUGGCGUAUUUAUUAAGGAACUAAGGGAUACCUUCGAUCAUCGUGGUUUGACAAUCAGCGCCUCCGUUUCUGGAAGCAAGUAUAUUAUUGACAAGGCCUACGAUGUACCUGUUUUAGGACGAUCUCUUCAUUUGAUAAACGUGCUUACUUACGACUUUGCUGGUACUUACAGAAAUGAAACGGGCCAUAAUUCGGCCAUGUCUUACGUUUCUGGGGAUACAAAUCCUCAUCUGAACACGGAUUAUGCCCUGAACUAUUGGAUUAAAAAGGGAGCUCCCAGAAACAAACUUACCGUUGGGGUUGCCGUGUUUGGUAGGAGCUUCACCUUGCUGGAUAAGAAGAAAAAUGGGCUCUACGCGCCUAUAAAAGGAAAGGGACGUGCAGCCGAGUAUACGGACGAACCUGGUUUUAUGGGAUAUAACGAGGUGUGCCAAAAGACGAGCAACGAAAAUUGGACGGUCCGAAGAGUACCUGGAGUUGGUCCCUACGCAUUUAAGGGGGAUCAAUGGGUCAGUUAUGACGACCCCUUAUCGGCUGCGCAGAAGGGAAAGUAUGCGCGAGAAAAUGGGUUCGCGGGAGUCAAAAUUUGGGAACUGACCACAGACGACUUUGGCGCUUAUUGUUGCGGUGUGACUUAUCCCCUGCUUCGAGCUCUUAAUUAUGGAUUGAGGAAUACGGGAAGCGCUGGCAACGAUAAAUGUUAAACUUUUGUCGCUCCUUUUUAAUAUGUAUUCUUAAAUUAAUUUUAUUAUAAUUAAAUUAAGGAAGAUAAUGUA